AUGGCGACCCAACAGAUACCCCAAAUCCCUCCCCGCCCGACGCGAGGCCAAGCCCAGAAGCCAGCUUCCACGAACAGCGGCAGCACACUGGGCAGCGACAUCCCCAAGAUCCCACCUCGACCUACCAACCGCCGCGCUGACCGAUCCGUAUCCCCAAUGCGAGACAGCUACGCACCCUCGCCUCUCAACGAGCUAGACUUCGUCGCCAGCGGCAAAACCGCAUCACAUCUGAGGGAGAAUGGUCAUACCUCUGCGUCAGAUGCGCCUCCCAGGCCGUCGAGCGUAACACACAUGCCCUCAGUUGGACAAGAGGGCAUGGAGUAUGCGGAAAUCUGCACACCAGAUGCCGUAGAUUCGCCCGGAGCGCCCAAUAAAACAAGGAAUAUUGCGGAGGAUUUGAAGCUCUAUGCUCCUAGGCCAUCGCUUCCUGGGUCCAGCGCAAAGGACCAAAUCAACACUGUUACAAGGACCGACUCGUCACAAGCUGCGGCCUUUGGUCUCGGAAAGCCGAGGAGUCAAGAGCGAGUUUCCGUUGAUGACAGGGACCCGGAGAGACACUCGUUGAGAACGAAAGACAGCUUUGCUAGCUCAAGAUCGACUGGGCUGGAACGCCCAACUUCCUCGGCGGAUAACGAAGACCAGCCCGACGGCCCUGACGUAGGACACAGAGUGCCUAUGUACCCCAACGCUGGCAUGGUGCAGGCUCCUUCUACUUCGCCACAGUCCCCGUACCAACCAGGUAUUGGAUUCCACAAUGACGGAUCUAGGCCACGCCACCAACGUCAAAAGAGCGGCCGUGGCUUCGAGGGCCCGCCUGGUAGCUAUGGAAUGCAUGGGCAUGGGAUUAUCUCCAAGGAUAAAUUCGAACAAGCAUACUAUGAGAAGCAUCCUGAGCUGUGGAAGAAAGAGCUUAGUGCAUACGGCGAGGAGAGAAAUAACUGGGCUAUGAGCAGCGAGGAUUUGAAUAAAAUUGUUAGGGAUACCGGAAAUAGAGGUUCAGGACUGGACUCACCAGCUCUCAUUGGUACCCCGACAGAGCAAAUCGGCUAUGUCGCCACAGACGAAUAUAUCUCACGGAUGGCUUCACCAAGGCUUUCAUCUGAUAUCUCGCCAUUGAAAAAGGAGAGCUCCACUUCCGUCGACAAGGCUGAAUCAGCUGAAAGCCUGGGACGUACAGCCCAAAAAGCCUCUGAGACGAGCCUUGCGAGCGAAAACGACGACGACACUGUUGUGCACGUUCAAGAACCAAACCGUCGGAUUAGUAGGAUCUACGGAGGCGAGAAGCACGCAGAGUCUACGGAAAACCUUGGGCCUACAGGCGGUAACGCCCCUGGUGCGGGCGGUUUCAUCACGGAGAGCGGUUAUGGCGUCCCCAUUUUGGCUUCGGACGAGGUGGCUAAAACACCGCUCGGGCAUGAGCUCCAGCCGGCAGUUUCACCACUACAAGACAGCAAUUACGAUGAUGAGCGGUCCUAUUUCAGAAGCAGACAAGGCAGUGGCUUGUCUCCCAGUGGCAGUAGGCCGACAAGUCGCCAUAGAAGCAGUCAGGACAUCCCGAGUAUAUCUCAACAAGGAGAAUUUGAUAAUCCUCGCUCACCACCCCUUGAGGAUGUUCAGGAGUAUGAACCAUUGUUUCCUGAGGAUGAUAAGAGCAAACAACCACCAGUUAAGCCACUGACGGAGGCUGAUAAGCUUAAAUCUCGCCCAGAGCUGAAGAGCCGCCAUUUCCCGUCCCAAGACGUCUGGGAGGAUACCCCAGAAUCUCAUAUGCAAACCGCCACUGUUUCCACGCCGCAAUUGCCAGAAGGGCCCGAAGACGCCAAAGCCACCGGAGAAACCCUGGAAGUUCGCAAGGGCGAGACGCCUGAACAAGCGUUUGCGCGUCGACAGGAGGAGUUGGCCGAUAUGGAAUUCAGCAAGAAAGAGACUGAGAGCUUCUUAAAGAAGCAGCCUUGGGAACAAAAUGCAUCGAUCGCCGCUGAGGGGUUAAAGCAGCAGCGAUUCCCGAGUAGAGAUAUUUGGGAAGACUCACCCGAUUCGUUGCUACUUCAGACGACUGUGUCGGGGCCACAGAGCGAGGAUGUGACUUCGCCUGUGGAUCAGCCUGCGGGUGAUGCUGCUGGUUUUGAAGAGAAACAGGUGCCCGCGACUACCAGCAUUGCAGCGGCGCUGAAGCCAUCCAUUCCGCCUCGCCCGAUGAGGAAACUGUCUGAUCAGAAGCCGGAUUUGAAGGCAGAGACUGCCGCGACUGAUACAACAAAGUCUCCAAAUACUUCACCAAUUUUGAAGGCGAAACCUGCCAUUCCCGAGCGCUCUAAACCAGUGAUACCAAGCCGGCCAGUCAAGAAAGCCUCUGGAGACUCCGCCGAGGGCGCGCCGCUCACCACAGUAACAUCGGGGGGAUCCGCAAAGUCAAAUAACUCCGCCAGCUCGCAGACCGGUGCGGCUGCAGCCUCGAAGCCGAAGCCCCCCGUGCCAUCGCGGCCGGUGGGAAGCAAGAUUGCAGUGCUCCAAGGCGGGUUCUUGUCGGAUCUAAAUAAGCGUCUGAAGCUCGGGCCGCAGGCGCCGAAGAAGGAAGAGGAGAAGGAGGAAGUGGCGGAGGAGAAGGAGAAGGUGCCGCUUGCUGAUGCGAGAAAGGGGAGGGCUAGAGGGCCGGCUAGGAGGGCUCCUGCUAGGGCUGCGGUGGCGAAGGUGGUGGAGCCGACGCCGACGGGGGGGAAGAAGUUGGUGGUUUCGGUGUCGUCGGUGUGGGAGAUUAGCCCUGAGGAUGGGGAUUUAAUUUUCAGCUCUGAGCGGGAGGAGUUGAAGAAGGCUGAGGAAGCGAAGAAAGCCGAGGAAGUGAAGAAGACUGAGGGGAAGAAAGUCGAGGCUGAGGCUGCGGCGGUUGCCACCGAAGACAAGAAGGGUGAAGCUUCUGAGCCCGAGGAGGAGGUUAAGAAAUCUGAGGAUACGAUCGUUACGACUGACAAGAAUGUCGACGCCACCGAGCCUGAAGAAGAGGACAAGAAGACGGAGACUUCCCCUAUUACUACAGCCAUUGGUGCCCCUCUGCUAACCGUAAAGGAGGUUGUGGCAGAGACCGCGGCUGCUACAUCUAAGGAAGUCAAGAAGGUCGUUGGAAUCAGUGAAUCCCCGGAAGCGGAUGCUGAGGUCGAGGAAUCCACUGUUGCUGAUACGAGUGGUGACAAGGAGGUUAAAGAUGAAGUCAAAGACCUGGGUGAUGAGGAUGCAACUUCUUCGUUGCCUGUCAAGCCGUCGGAAAGUGAGAGUGUCAGCAAACCUGAAGAGGAGAAGGAGGAAGAUGAGAAAAUAAAGGAGAGUGGGAAGGCUGUGGAGAGUAAGGAAGAGUAG